AUGUCGACUCUCUUCGCCAGCGUGAACGUGGGGAACGUGGAGAACGUGGCCGUGGGCGAGGCCGCGGAAGUGACGGACGAGGCUUUGACACUCGCAGACCCAGAUACUCGAGAUCUCCGCCGACUCGGAGACGAUCCCCCUAUCGUGCACCACCUGCUCGCCGCGAAGCCGACUCGUACGUCCCAGGUGGUCGACCCCGAGGUCGCAACAACCGUGGACGAUCUCCAACGCGAUCCAUAA